AUGUUGCAGUUUGCGCUCAAGUACUGGAAGGCGAUCGACAAGAUGACAGAGGACAGGUCAAAGGAGUUGCAAAAGUACGAGCUGAGUGACGAGGAAUGGGAGAUUGCAGAGCAACUGCGUGACAUUCUCAAGAUCUUCAACGACACAACGUUGUACUUCUCGCGCGACACCCCGAGCUUGCCCAUGGUCAUCCCGGCCAUGGACAUUAUCAACGAACACCUGACGGACGAAUCUCUCGAUGCGCACUACCAGCCCUGCAUCCGUGCUGCCAUCGGCCUCGCGAAGAAGACUCUGAACCAUUACUACAGUAAGACUGACCAGUCGAGUGUGUAUCGUAUUGCCAUGGUACUACAUUCCUCCCACAAGCUCCAGUACUUCAAGCGUGCUGGGUGGGAGCAGGAGUGGAUCGACACGGCGGAAACUGUCAUCCGUGAUGAGUUCAAAGCACGUACGCACACAGUGGUCCUGGAACUGUCUCCACCGAGGCAAAUGAGCUCAUCCCCAAGAUAUGUCUCGACCUCGUCGUGCGCGAUUAAUUUUAUUUUCUCACGUAUCUAUCCUGCAUGCACACAGAAGCCAUCAUUGAACAUGUUCGACAACUUACUCAAGCACAAUGCUUCCAAGGCACAACCGGACCGGGAUGAAAUCACGCGGUACCUUGACACCGAGACAGAGGAUGUCGAUGACGCACUGGUGUGGUGGUACGCACGCCGUAAGUAG